AUGUUUAUCGGUUCUAUGUCCUUAUUCAUAACAAUCACAGCGCACAUCAUUUGCACAGUGAUACGCCUUUUCCAAGCGUUUGUAUUGUAUGAAGACGGAACACAGCCAUUGUACUUUUACGCCGACCUUCGUCAAACUACUGAGGUCGUCAAGACGGGGUUUUUGGUCACGAGUCUAAUCGCAGGCGAUGUAAUGGUCAUAUAUCGUGUUUGGAUUGUGUGGAGUCAUAAAAAGGCAUUCAUCAUCUUCCCUCUGUGUACGCUCAUUGGCUUGAUCAUCUGCGGUAGCGGGAUUACCUACCAGUUCUCCCAGUACGUGCCAGGAGAGGUUGUUUUUGAGUCCGUUGCUGGGCGCUGGAUUACUAGCAACUGUGUAUUCACGCUGUGCACAAAUGUUUACUGUUCCGCUGUGAUCGCCUGGAAGGUUUGGAGUAAUCAUAACGCGAUUAGUAGGCAUGGGGGCAGUAAUCUCAUGGGAGUUCUGGCGAUGUUCAUCGAGAGCGCCAUUCUCUACACCACCUGGACGCUAAUUUUCUUCAUCACAUAUCAAACCAAGACCAACGUACAAUUCCCUAUCGUGGACACAUGGCCGGCCGUCAGUGGCAUCUCUUUUAUGCUCAUCAACGUGCGAGUGGGCUUGGGCAAGUCCAUCGGAACGUCGCAAAUCGACUCUAGAAAUGCCUCGGGAACGGGUUCCGCGGCUCCGGGAAUACUAGGCAACCGAUCCUAUCCACUGCGGCCCCUCACCGUCGAGAUCAGCCAAUCCACGCGGCGGGACAACGAUCUGGAUGUGCCUGUGAAAGGAAUGUUUCCUACGAGUGGAGAUCUGAGCGAUGGAACUCAGGCAUGGGAUGUGUAA